AGCAAAAGAAAGAGUUUCGCACUCCGCACCACUCCAUGAUGAGGAGGUAGCAGGAGAGGUAGGCGCGCAAACCAUGGCCCAUGCAACCGUUCCGUUAUCCGUGCCGAAGCAUGUUCCGUCCGUCCGCCGGAAUAUUCCCUCCGCCCCCGCCCGUGGCCGGAGCACGGUGGCCUCCGUCGCCGACGCCGACUUCUUCGAGGCCGCCAAACAAACGGUGGAUAGAUUCGUGAAGAGUGGGAUGGUGGUCGGAUUGGGCUCCGGUCGCGCGUCGAGCUUCGCCGUUCGGUAUCUGGGGAGGUGUCUACAACAAGGAGCUCUGCGCGACGUCGUCGGAAUACCCUCGUCAGUUUUCAGUGCAAGUGAGGCAGCAAAAGCAGGAAUUCCACUAAACCAUUACCAAGAGAAUCUUCAAAUUGAUUUUGCAUUUAAUGAUGCCGAUUUAAUUGAAGAGGGAACACUAACUGCUCUCAUCGGUCGACGAAAGCCGGAGGGUGGAGAGUCCCUUUUCAUAGAAAAGUCAAUCGCAAAAGCAGCUAGUAAACUGGCCUUAAUUGUUGCUGAGAAGCAGUACACCAGAGAUGUGGAUGGAUCAAUUCCAGUGUUAGUUAAUUGUGGUAAUUGGAUGGAAACUGCUGAGGAAAUAGAUGACUUGUUCCUGGGAGAUGCCGAGGUGUGGAGAAGGCCAACAUCUGGACAAGCAGACCCAAUGGGAGGUGAUUUCCCUCUGGUUACAAGAGAAGGACAUCAUGUUCUUGAUGUUAUUUUCACUUCUCCCAUACUUGAUUUAGGCCAAGUAGCAGAAAGUCUGGAUCAGAUUGCUGGAGUUGUGGACCAUGGAAUCAUAUUUAGCGUAAAUCCAUGCGUCGCCAUCGUCGCAUCGAAGAAUGGGGUAGCAAUCGUCGAUAAGAAAUCUUCGGUAAUUUCCUAAGGAUUGAAGUAUCAUCGUCGCAUCGAGAGAAAUGAGUUAAAUGGUUUUUUCUGCAGUAUUUGAGCUGUGAUACCUCCAAAGAAUUAUCUUCAAUUGGAUGUGUUGAUGCAUUUAGUAAUGGAUGAUCAAUUUUCUUAUGAUGUUUGUUGAUUUUUUUGGUCAGUAAACAAGCAAAUACAUGGGCUUGUUUUCUGUUAUAAUCCUACAUGAGAACAAUGGAAACAUUUAAUUCCAUUUCAAUGGAAUUAAAUGUAUGGUGUUUUGUGUUCAAACCCACCAAAUUAGAUGUCUAAA